CUUUGCCAGAUACAAUAUUAAGACACAGACAAUAAUAGAGAAAAACACGAGUAUUACGUGUGUGGUAUAGGAUCUACAGAAGGAGGAGAGGAGGGAUAACGUGUGGGGCCUGACGUGGAAAAAUGAAAUUAUCGAACCGUAGAAGUGUACUACCGAUCGUCUUGGCGUUUCUUUGCCUUUUCUUAACUGAGAUAAUCCAACUCAAGUGCUAUGCGCUUGCCGAGUACAUCAAGUCCACCCGGUACUCCUACGACAUCGUAUUUUCACCCUCUCCUAUCGAUCCUAACGAUCUCAUGAAGAUACCGGAUCAUUCCAUCUACCCUAUGCGUAACGCGAACGGCUCUUCCUACAUCUGCACGCUUCCAGAUGAAACAAUGCGCGGGUUUUCCAAGGAAAGCGAGUCUACAAGGACACUUACGCCUGGGAGUUUAGUUCCUGCAGAGGUCAUCAACGAAGUUAGCAAGAGUUUGGAGGAAACCUGUAUGGAAGCUACUAGCAGCUCGUUGUUGUAUAGAUUCUGCUGGGAGAGGUUUAUCAUUCAAACUCAGUUAGAUUUGGUGGCUGGUUUAUCAAGGGGUAGCCCGAACUCCAUAGGGAUCCCCACCAUCACCAUAGGUUACCAAAAGGAUCCCAUAGGCACCUCGUUUACGUAUGAACUCGAUUCAACAGGAGCGUAUUUUCGAACGUUUUUCACCGAUGGCACUUCAUGUCCACUAAUUGGCCGAAACCGAGAAACCGAAGUGCAGCUCAGGUGUUUAAGCUAUACAUCGAGAGCAAUCAGGAAAAGGUAUUUGCUCGAGAUUUCAGAGAUUUCUACCUGCCGGUACUUAUUAAAGCUUUACAUUCCGGAAGCAUGUGUGCCGCAGCUGAAGGCAAAAACCAUCGACCAUUCGGUCGUCUGCUUCCCGUAUGAAGGAAGGUAA